UAUAUGUUCUCUUCAGAGAUGAUGGUGUAAUGAAACUCCCAUACUAUAUUGCUAUAGCUGGGUUUGUAUGUGCAUUGUUUGACAUAGGUAUUCCACACUUGUCAGCCCUGAGGGUUUGGUUGGCAUUUUCAACUUUUUGCAGCCUGGUAUAUAUCAUUGUAGCAUUUGUGCUCUCGCUCUAAGAUGGUAAGCAUACUUUGAUCUUCUGUACUAGUUAUGGAAAUAAAAUAUGGGCUUCCAUCUUAUUGGAGUUUUGUGCUUGAUCAUUAUAAGUCAAGGCAUUAAAGCACCAGAGAGGGAUUAUAGCAUCCCAGGGACAACAACGAGCAAAAUAUUUACAACAAUAGGAGUAGCUGCAAAUCUUGUUUUUGCAUUUAAUACAGGAAUGCUUCCAGAGAUACAAGCGACAGUGAGGAAGUCUGUUGUAGGGAACAUGUUGAAAGCUCUAUACUUUCAGUUUACAGCUGGAGUUCUUCCCAUGUAUGCUGUUACUUUUAUUGGCUAUUGGGCCUAUGGAUCCUCAACAUCAACUUACUUGCUCAAUAGCGUUAAUGGUCCAGUUUGGGUUAAAGCAGCAACCAACAUAUCUGCCUUUCUUCAAACAGUCAUUGCCCUACAUAUCUUUGCGAGUCCAAUGUAUGAGUAUGUUGAUACCAAAUUUGGAAUCAAAGGAAGUGCAUUAGCAAUUACAAACUUGUCAUUCAGAAUUGUGGUAAGAGGUGGCUACCUCACCGUUAACACAUUAGUUGCUGCUCUCUUACCUUUCCUUGUCUCUUAA